CAGCCCACAAGAUCCAAUGGGCUUCUUCGAAAGUCGAAAGUAGGUUUGCGCAAAUGUCACGUGACUUGUUCACGCGCACGUCACGUGUUCUUCGCCCAAACUUUUUCCCUCGAAACCGUCCGCUAAAGAAAUUUCUGGAAUAACACAACAUACCCAAUGAAAAGCGUACAGAUGGCAAUAACCUCCAAACUUCUACUUUCUCGACACGUGUCGACUGGGCGGAAGAUACCACCAUCCUCAGAAACGCUUGAUAAAAAGCUAACCAUCUCCAAACCCAUUUUUCUUAGGGUUUCGCGAGAUCUCACUCUCACUGAGUUAGCUUAGCAAUGGAGCCGUCAGAAGAGGGUCAACAGCAGCAGGGAAUGAUGGAUUAUGUACCUCCUCAUGCUUAUCAGAGUGGGCCAGUAAAUGCUGCGUCUCAUAUGCCAUUCCAACAAGCUCACCACUUCCACCACCACCACCAUCAGCAACAACAGCAGCAGCAGCUUCAGAUGUUCUGGGCUAACCAAAUGCAAGAGAUCGAGCAUACCACUGAUUUCAAGAACCACACCCUUCCGCUGGCCCGCAUCAAGAAGAUCAUGAAAGCUGAUGAAGAUGUGAGGAUGAUCUCUGCGGAGGCUCCUGUGAUUUUUGCCAAGGCCUGUGAGAUGUUCAUUUUGGAGCUCACUCUACGUGCUUGGAUCCACACCGAGGAGAACAAGAGGAGGACCUUGCAAAAGAACGACAUAGCCGCUGCCAUUUCCAGGACCGACGUGUUUGAUUUCCUCGUGGACAUAAUCCCGAGGGACGAGCUGAAAGAAGAAGGUUUAGGGGUGACGAAAGGGGCCAUACCAUCCGUGGUGGGUUCUCCGUCAUACUAUUACAUGCAGCAACAGGGGAUGAUGCAACACUGGCCCCAGGAGCAACACCAUGAUGAGUCUUGAAACUUUUCUCCUUUCGUUUGUUUGGUUGUAUCGUAGUAAGGUAGCUCUGCUCUGCUGGGAAACAUUUCUAUUGUGUUCUGUAAUGACAUGUUAGUCACCAGAUGAUCUACAGUCUAUAUCUAUGUCAAUGUAGUUCCUGUUCUCAUCAGUAUCAAAUAAUAACAAAGAAUGUUAGAAAGCAA